UUAAGGGUUUGUUCUUAUACACAAGUUUAAUGUCACCUUCUCCUGUCUGCAAUGGACAGACGAGUGAUAUAUGCUGAUUUAACAGUAUCCAGAGAUUCAGGCCCUGAAAGCUCAUCACCCUCAUCUUUUCCUCAGGACCUUUGUCAGGGUCCACGUUGGCAUCAAUUUGCUCUGAAACUUGGCUGUGCUGGAGUUACUCUUCUUGUCUUAGCUGUGAUCGGGUUGACUGUUUCAGUGAUAUCCUUACUACAAAAAUCACCAAUAGAGAAAAGCAGCGUGGAUGUUCAGCAGAACAGGAAUGAAACAACAGAGAGCGCACAACUGUCAGAGUGCCUGGCACUUUGGCUACCACUCCAAAAGAAAUGCUUGUUUUUGUCUCAAGAUACCAACUUUUGGAAUGACAGUCUAUCCUACUGUUCCACAAAAGAAUCCAGUUUGCUUCUUAUUCAAGAUCAGGAAGAAUUGAAACUCAUACAGGAACUGAUAAAGGAUACAGCAAUUAACUUUUGGAUUGGAUUAAAUUUUACAUUAUCAGAGAAGAAUUGGAAGUGGAUAAAUGGCUCUUUUUUAAAUUCUGCUAUAUUAAAUAUUAAAGGUGAUGCUGAAGAAAACAGCUGUGCUUACAUCUCAAAAACAGGCGUUUCUUUUGAAGAAUGUUAUGCAGAUAAUAAAUUGAUCUGCCAAAAACAACGAAAUCCUGUCAUAAAUAAAGUUUGUCCUGACUCUUGA